AUGAAGCCGUCUGAUGUCAAUGCCUAUGAUAGAGCUGAGGACGGCGAAAGCUCAAAAAUCCAGUCUCAAAAAGAGAAAACAGAUCAAAUCGUCAAAGCAAAGGCCCAUAAGGAUGUCGGAAACACUAGUUUGCCUGAAAGUCCAGUUGAGCCGGCAAAUCCGUUAUCUGAGAUCAAGCAAGAACCAGAAAAACUUCCUUGUGGUUAUGAAUGGAUCACAUGCGACUUGAACACUGAUGAUAUGUGUUCAGAGGUGUGCAAAUUUCUCAAGGAACAAUAUCUUGUUGACGGACAAAAGUUCAAGGAUGCUCUUCAACAACUUGCGCUAGAUGAUACAUUCGAAGUGUGA